CUAUGGUUGUGAUCGGUUUGGAUAAUUGAGUGGUGCACUUUGCCAUGCCGACACAUAGGAGUUAUUCUGUAGGCAGGGUUCAGAACGGUGCAUUUUCAUUCACCGCUUCUCAUGAAAAAGAGUCUGGAAAUUAUUUUCACGUUUGGAAGAUAAACAGAAGAAUGUCCUGUCAAUACUAAAAUCUUAAGUUGAGAUUCCCACAGCAACGUCAUGUUUCGCUCUGUGCUUAUCGGUCUUAGAAGACCCUUCACAUGUGUAGUUCCGCUGAUGAGGCUGCAGCCAACCUGUCAAGGGGGACGUGAUCAGGCAGCUGCCCUUCACACAUCUCCACCUCUAACAGUUCUGGACAAAGACAACCGACAUAAGAAGUUCUUGUUAGCCCAGAAAUCUGACUCCCUUUCUGUUGAUGAAAGCAUUGAAGUGGAAGAGUUUCGCCCCGGCACAGUGUAUCCGACAAUGGAGACUGCAGGGAUGCUGGUUGACGGGGUCAGGUUCGACAUGCUUCCCAUCGUCCAUGUCAAGGCCACACACAACAAUACAAUCGUCACACUUACCAAUGGUGAAGGGGCACCCAUGGCCAGUGAAAGCGGGGGCUCCGUGGGAUUCCGGAACACCAGGAAGGGGACGAAUGUCGCUGGACAGGCUGCUGCCCUGGCACUUGGACAGAAAGGAGUGACCAAAGGAGUGACGAAGGUUCGUGUCAGCAUCAAGGGCAUUGGACCAGGCAGAAUGCCUGCACUGAAAGGCCUCCAGAUGGCAGGCCUCACCAUUGUCUCCAUCACAGACGCCACUCCACUGCCCUUCAAUGGCAACCGACCUCGCAAGAAGAGACGCCUAUAGUAGAGUGUGUGGUGUUGCCUUGUGCCAUAUGUGAAUACCAAGUGGAUGUCAUGAUACAGCUUGACCCUGGACCUGUACAGCCAUUGUGACAUGUUAUUGUAGCGCUGCCUAUUUAAGUAUGCAUGACAUGAAUAUCAGCCUCUGAGCAGGUCCAGGUAAAUCCCUGGAUUUAGGUGUUCUGUUAGUUUGAACAUUUACCCUCAUAUUUUGUUUCAUGAAGAAUAUGUAAAUCACAGUGUAGUAAGAGAGUUAGUGAGUAUGGCUUUAUGCCACUUUUAGCAAUAUUCCAGCAAUGUCAUGGCGGGUGACACCAAAAAUGGGCUUCACACAUUGUACCAAUGUGGGGAAUCGAACCUGAGUCUUUGGCAUGACAAGCGAACGCUUUAACCACUAGGCCACCCAAACGCCCCAUAUGACAGUGUAUUUCUGGGGGACCCAUUUAUUGAGCACUGAAAAAAAAUUUUUUUAGCUCACCUGGCUAAUCAAGUGGUUGACUAAUUGGUCUAGAAGUUAGUCAGGAGAGCAGGGCUUUAUGUGGUGAUGUGGUAUGUGUAAUUUGUAGUGGGGCUCAACUUUAUUUGUGAUGUUUUAAAGUUCAACAUUUAUACUUUGACUCAGCCAGUUCUGUUCAAAAUGUCAUGAAUUUGGUGCAUGUCUUGUUAGUAGGGGGACUUAAUACAUGUUCUAUUUUUUGGCAAUAUUUUAAAUUUGAACUUAAUUUGACCUUUCCUGGCACGGUAAGCACCGUCUCCUCAGAAACUACUGGACCACUGAAGCUGAAACAAGCUUGUUUCUGCCAGUGUUGACACUUGAAUUUGUUCAAGUGGCUCUAAUCCUCUUUUCUGUUUCACCACCACGUCUUUUUUUCUAAAUGUUUUAGAUUUUGACCUUGCUUUGUGCAAGGUCAUGUUUUUGCAAAUGGUGUAUUUUACAUCUUCUCCCACAAAUUGCCAGACUGAGGGAGCUCAACCUUUGACACGUGUAUCUCCUUAUGCUAACCUGAUAUUGUGAUCAGAUCAUUACAUUUUAGAGUUGUUAUUAAUUUGUCAGAAUUUAUGCAGAAAUAUUUGAACUUUAAUGACUGUCUUUGUUGACCCUUUAAACUGUUGACUGCAUGUCCAGGUGAGCUUUGUGCAGUGUUGUGGCACUACUCAUAUUGUGGAGAUAUAUGGAUACUCUGGUGCUAUAUUUCUGCCUGGCUCUGUGUUUACAGGUAAUGGGUCAGUGUGGGGCUGUGCAUGUACCGUUAUGCUAUGUUGUCAAUGGGUGCCCCAGUCAGUUCCCUGCAUCUUCCCGAGGCAAGAGAGUUAACUGACUGUAAAAGUCUAGUUUCCACCCUUGCCGAACUAGGCUGGAAUUACUGGGCUCGAUCGUAGCGCCACCAGUGGCUAUUACCAGUUAUGUCCCUUCU